AAAAUCUUAAAGCUUCCUUCACAAUCUCAAAAGCCAUUUUCAAAUUUCAAAAGCUCAUAGAGAGAUGUGUCCUUCCGGUAGAAUCGCGAUUCCGAUAAGCACCACCGCGAAUUCAGAUUUCCGUCCAGCUUUCGAAAUCAUCGACACAGAUCACGACGGUAAAAUCAGCAGCGACGAUCUCCGUGCAUUCUACGCCGGAAUCACUUCCGUUGAAGAAAAAGACGAGACGAUGAUCGGAACGAUGAUAUCAGUAGCGGACGCGAACAAAGACGGAUUCGUUGAGUUCGAUGAGUUCGAGAAAGUUCUAGAAACGGCGCCGUUGUUGUGUAGAUCUGGUAACGGAGGAGACGAUGGAUUGAUGAAAGAUGUGUUUAAGGUGAUGGAUAAAGACGGAGAUGGGAGGUUGAGUUACGGUGAUCUGAAGAGUUAUAUGGAUUCGGCUGGUUUAGCUGUUUCCGACGAUGAAAUUAAAGCUAUGAUUCGAUUAGCCGGUGGUGAUUUAAACGACGGCGUUUCGUUCGACGGUUUGCUUAAGAUUUUUGGGUGUUGAAAAAAAAAGGUGUAUUUGUGUCCACCCAGAUUUUGUUUUGUUUUUUGUUGUUAUAAAAAUGUGAGAAAAUUAAUGUUGGAACAGUUCAUAUAAUUUGUGAGUUACAACAGAAGCAAAAAGUCUUUGGGAAAUAUCACAAACUAUGCUCAGACGAGUGUAUAAUUAGGUGAGUAAAAUAGGUAUUAUUUC